AUGUUCACCUUUACUCCCUUGCUCGGAGCUCAGAGCGACUCUCGAGCCUCACAAUCACUGCUCGAACUAGAUGGAGGAGUCAAGAUCCUGGUCGACGUUGGAUGGGAUGAACGCUUCGAUACUCGUCAAUUAACCGAGAUAGAAAAGCAUACAUCAACACUCUCCUUCAUUCUGCUCACCCAUCCCACGAUUUCUCACAUUGGUGCUUUUGCACAUUGUUGCAAGCACAUCCCUCUCUUCUCCCAAGUCCCCAUCUACGCGACUCCGCCUGUGAUUGCGUUUGGUCGCACCCUUCUUGAGGACUUGUACUCCUCUUCUCCGCUUGCCGCAACAUUCAUACCGGGCUCGGCCUCUCCUGAAGAUGGCACAAGUGCUGAUGACAAGUCGCGAUCGAACAUACUCCGCCAGGCGCCUACGUUCGAAGAGAUAAACAAGUACUUCCAGCUGAUUAGUCCCCUGAAAUACUCUCAGCCGCUUCAGCCCACGGCAUCUCAAUUCUCUGCGCCUGUCGAAGGAUUGACCCUGACUGCAUAUAAUGCGGGACAUACCCUCGGUGGCACGAUAUGGCAUAUACAACAGGGCAUGGAAUCAAUUGUCUACGCGGUGGACUGGAACCAAGCAAGAGAAAACGUCGUUGCCGGCGCAGCCUGGUUUGGUGGUGUCGGAGGCGCAGAGGUGAUUGAACAGUUACGCAAGCCUAGUGCCUUGGUAUGCAGCAGCGUGGGUGCCACAAGAGUUGCUCUAUCGGGUGGACGUAAAGCUCGAGAUGACGCUCUCCUGGGCCAUAUCAAGACCAGUGUCGCCAAAGGCGGUACGGUUUUGAUACCAACGGACUCCAGUGCUCGGGUGCUGGAGUUGGCUUGGCUUUUAGAGAAGGCCUGGUCUGACCCGGCACACUCGGCUUCUUUCAAGGAUGUCAAAGUCUACAUGGCCAGCAGAUCGGGUAAUGCGACGCUUCGUCAUGCCAGAAGUCUUCUCGAAUGGAUGGACGACAGUAUUGUUCGCGAGUUUGAGGGGGAAGACGAGAAUCCUACCACUCAACCAUAUAAUCGAAGAGGUGGUAACAAAGCUGCUGGAACCAACAAGCCUUCCAGACCGUUCGAGUUCAAAAAUGUAAAGGUCGUGGAACGGAAACACCAACUGGAGAAAUUGCUCAAAGUCGAAGGUCCGCGGGUGAUUUUGGCCAGCGAUGUAACCUUGGACUGGGGCUUCUCCAGGUCUUUGCUGGAGCAUGUUGUGCAGAAACCCGAGAACCUGGUGAUUCUGACCGAAAGAUUAAAUGUCCGUCCGGGAUCUGAAAGUCCUGGCCAAGCAUUCUGGCAGUGGUUCGAACAGCGUCAAGAUGGCGUCGCACUGGAACGAACCGAAGGAGGGGGUCAACUUGAACAGGUUCAUAGCGGUGGAAGGAUGCUGAAGCUGAAGAAUCCGGAAAAGGCACCGCUGAGCGCGCAAGAGAGUCAAAGAUAUCAGCAAUACAUGGCAACUCAGAGGCAAAUCCAGGAGUCUCUUACAACAACCGAGAGAGACCAAACGGUUGCAGACGACAAUAUCGACGAUGAAUCUAGCUCCUCGUCCUCCGAGGAGUCGGACGAUGAACAGCAAGGCCGCGUCUUAAAUGUGUCCGCGGCUCUUGGGCACGGCGCGCGGAACAAGCUUGCACUGAGUGACGAGGACUUGGGAGUCAAUAUACUGCUCCGUAAAAAGGGAGUCUAUGACUACGAUGUGCGGAACAAAAAGGGGCGUAAUGCCGUGUUCCCAUAUACACACUCACGGAAGCGUGGUGACGAGUUUGGUGAAUUUAUCAAACCAGAAGACUUUCUACGGGAAGAGGAAAAAGAGGAACAAGAUGCGGCCAACAGUGGCAAGACAGGAGGCACGUUAGGCCAAAAGCGAAAGUGGGAGGAUACCAACAAUGCAAACGACUCGCGUUCGAAGCGAGCACGAGGUCAAGGACCAAAAGGGCAUGCACCAGAUGGCCAUGGUGAUGAGUCGGAUUCAGAAGCAUCGGACAUUGAAGGCGAGGUCGAAGUGGAAGGCAUUCAAGGCCCUGCGAAGGUGGUAUAUACAACUACGGAAAUCACCGUGAACGCUAGAUUGACGUUUGUCGAUUUUGCCGGCUUGCAUGACCAGCGAAGCCUUCAGAUGCUUAUUCCCCUUAUCGGCCCUAAGAAGCUGAUUCUGGUUGGAGGUACAGAGGCGGAAACACUUUCUCUGGCUUCAGACUGCAAAGAACUCCUGGGCAUGAAGGUGGCGGGCGCCGAGGAGCAGACCUCGACCGAAAUAUUCUCUCCCACAAUUGGACAGACAGUCGAUGCUAGUGUUGACACGAACGCCUGGAUUGUGAAACUUAGCCGUGCCUUGGUCAGGACCCUGCGUUGGCAGAACGUCAAGAACAUGGGGGUGGUGACUGUUCAAGGCCAGCUCAAGGCUGAGCAAGAGCAGGAAAACGACUUGCCAGAUGAUCCGUUACUGAAGAAGCAGAAGCUGGAAACGGAAGCAGCUGCCCAGGCACAGGCGCCACCCCCUCCACCCCUUGUACCGGUGCUUGACGUCUUGCCGGCCAGCCUGGCAGCUUCAACGAGGUCAGUUACCCAGCCCAUCCACGUGGGUGAUCUACGACUUGCCGACCUCAGAAGAAUUAUUGCAAUGGACGGCCAUGUUGCGGAAUUCCGUGGCGAAGGGACGCUACUGGUUGAUGGAACAGUGGUAGUGAAGAAACUUGCAACGGGGAAAAUCAUUGUGGAAGGCAUUCCUGCCAAUGGGUCUGCCAUGACUCGCAGUGCUGCAGACAACUAUACCCGGGUGAAGCGGAAAGUCUACGAAGGACUGGCUGUUGUAGCCGCAUGA